CCGUGCAUUCCUUUCCCCCCAGGAAGUGGGCUGUCUUGUAGGACAUUGUAAGCGGACAUUAGGCAUUAGCAGGGAACUUCUGGCGAGCGAGAUGUUACGCUUCGCAGGCGCUGCUCGCGCACUUAGCGUGACCUGCAGGCGGUAUGUGAGCUCGCAGCCCUGCGCCCUCAGCGGCUUCUUAUGGACCCGGGACAAACCACAGAGGAACCACGUGGCAUUAACUCGGGUACUGGGACUGUACUGCUGCAGAAAUAAUAACCAUAACCACCUGUUAUCACUGGCUAAAUUAAUAACCAUAACCACUUAUCACUGGCUGAAAUAAUAACCACCUGUUAUCACUGGCUAAAUUAAUAAUAACCAUAACCACGUAUCACUGGCAGAAAUAAUAACCAUAACCACUUAUCACUGGCUGAAAUAAUAACCAUAACCACCUGUUAUCACUGGCAGAAAUAACCAUAACCACCUGUUAUCACUGGCAGAAAUAAUAACCAUAACCACCUGUUAUCACUGGCAGAAAUAAUAGCCAUAACCAUUGGCCACUGUUAUCACUGGCUGAAAUAAUGGCUAUAACCAUUGUCCCUUGUUAUCACUUCCUGAAACAAUAGCCAUAAUCAUUGCCCCCUGUUAUCACUGGCAGAAAUAAUAGCCAUAACCAUUUCCCCUUAUCACUGGCUGAAAUAAUAAGAUAAGUGGAAACACAGGGUGUCCAAAAAGCAGAACCACAAAUCCCAUGACGCUUUACCAAGCAUUAAGCUGGUAAAAUAUCUUGGAUUUGUAGUUCUACAACAACUGGAGGGUGGGUACAGCCAAUCACUUUGUAGUUACCAUGAUAAAGUGAUGAGCAGACUCAUAUACACUGAACUCUACAGGAACUGUCACUUCCCUGAUAUUAGCACAACCAAGUAGCCAACUGAAAGUUAGCCAUUUAAUUGUGCUUUUUUUUUUAUUCUUUAGUUUUUUUGGGUUUUUUAAAUGCACGUGCUUAGCCUGGCAAAGCAUGCCCUUUAGCUAAAGCGACUGUCUCCAUUCCCUCCAAAAUGAGUAUUUCAUAAAGAUAAAAUCUUUAGUUAUUAUUGGCUUUUAUAUAGCAGCAACUUAUACUGCAGCAAUUUACAAUAUUAUAAAGGGGGAGAUUUUAACAAUAAAUGAGACAAUCACAACAUUUUACAGGAGCAGAAGGGUUAAUGAGGACCCUGCUCAAACAAGCUUAAAAUGUAUGAAAUACUUCAAUUGUGUUGGAAUUACACUGAAAUUACAACACAGUCAAAAGAUAUGCUAAGUCAAAGUAGGAAUAAAUUUGUCUUGGUAUUCAUCCUACAGAGUGGAGCUACCUUUUGUCAAGCCUCCACUGUAGAGAAAAAGGCUCUGUCUAUGGAGGACCUCUUUGUUGUACUCUCAUUCAUGCACAAGAUUACAAUGUUGAUGGGGGCUCCAGGCUGCUAAAGCACUAAGAGCUGAAGAGAUCCUGCAGUAAAAGCAUUGCAGCGACCAUGAGGGACAGGUUCUGGAUUCCCAGCUGAGCAGUCACUGUUGGGGGUACCGACAUGGUGACAGAGUUGCUUUAAAUAUUACAGUACUGUUCACACUGCACAUGUGCACAUACAUCACUGUUGAAGAAAAUGCCAAGAGCGAAUACAUACAUUUUCCCAAUUUUUGCAAGUACGACAAAUUUGCAAAUUUUAGUUAAACAAUCAAUUUUAAAGUGGCAAUCAUAAUUCUAGCUUGAAAUGUGUAAUUCCAUAUUUGGGCAGGUGAAAAUAUGAGCCAUAUUAACAUGUGUUGUUUUUCAGCCAUCUGUCUAUAUUUUGAUAAGUUCCCAAAGGAUGAAGUGCACUCGCAGGAGUUAAGUAAAGCGAUUUAUUUAAUUGCGUGAAUAACAUCCAAAGUAAGUGUCAUUGUCAUUUCAACCCGUUCAGGCCUUUUUCAAGAACGUGGAAAAGACUUGGACGGUUUAAACUGUCGAUCACAUUUAUUUUGGAUGUAAUUCACUCAAUUGAUAAAUCGCUUUACUGAAGUCCUGUAACUGCACCUCAUCUUUUGUGAAUACAGUUCAACGCGAGUUUGCAUAUGAGUGUAAUUACAUGUGUGUAACUUCUUUUUUUUUCCAGGUCAACUUGCCUUAUGUGAGCCAUUUACGCUUCAACACUAGUUUUAUUCCUGAAAAUACUGAUCUUGGCAGAAUGGUGUAUGCUGGAAAUUUGGCUAAGUCAGUGCUUGGUAUGUUUCUCAUUUUCAUUCAUUUCAUAACAAGUAUUUCUGUCAGUAACUAUUGAACUUUAGUUUAUAUUCGUAAAUGUAUUUCUCCAAGAGGGACACUCGGCAUCAAAACCACUAUGUAUUAAUGUAGACGUUUUAGUGUAAAGACCUUGUCCCUGUUGUAUGACAGAUGUAAACAUCGCAAUUUCUGAGAUAUGGCAAUGCUUACAUUUGUAAGAGAACAAGCUUCUUGUGUCAAUCUACAUAUUGAAAGUCUUCAUGUUUAGCAUAAUCACACUCCGCAUUAUGGUCCUGAAUGUUAACAAUUCUUCUCAAUUUUAUUUUAGAAGCAUUCAACUAUGUUUCAAAUGGUUUUCAAUGAGAAGCAUUUUAUUGGACAGGAAAUGUUCAGAACAAUUAUCUCAGCGGUCGGAGUGGCUGCCUCAGCAAAACUAUUAGUUAUCCCAGCCAUUGUUCACUAUUUUACAAGACGUGCAAAACCCCCCCAGAAAACACCAAUGCACAUGGAGGAAACACAAUGCAGUAGAGGGGGUGGGAGGAAAGAGAUCGCGUCCCCUUGCAGGCAGACUUCUGUUGGCAGCGUGCACUGCACAUUGACAGCAGACCUAAUUUAUACCCAAAAUUUACAUUAGGCUGCCAGGAACAGAGUUCUGGGCUGCCAGUGUUACGUGUGCUGGGCGUGCAACUAGCCUCCAGCACACAAUUAGCAACAUCUCUGUAUGUGCAGUGUUUUUUUUAUUUUUUAUAAAUUCUUUAUUUUUAACGUUUUCCAGUACAUUACAUUUCAUUCCAUGCUCAAUUUGGUGGUGGGGGGGGGGGAAGGGGUAUCAAUUGUUGAUACAGUUCGUCUUUUGGUGAGAUUCCAGCAAGCAUUUUCCAGUCUUCUGUAGUUGCCCAGUGAUGGUGUGCCGAGCGUGUCACGGGUGUGGUCUUGGUGAUUUUUCGGUUUUGGGGGGGGGAUAUGCAUGGGGGAGAGGGAGGGGAAGGGUCCCGGGUACUCAGCUAUUUGUGUGCUACGGUGGGUCUGAGUUUAUGUCGCCCAUCCGGUUCCAAUUGUGUGGUCCUGGGGUGUGUGGUGCUAGUUCUCUUGGUGGCCGGGUGGGCCCUGGGUUUUGCCUAAGUGGUAUGUUGCUGGCCUCUCGAUGCGUGAGGUGGUCACUGGAGGCCGGAUUGUGCCGUAGCUUGUUCAUGUGGGCGAGGGAUUGCAUGCUUAGACCAGGUGUUGGCCUAUCGGGCCCGGGGGGGUGGAGGUAUGGGGGGUGGUGGUUUUCUUGGGAUGUACGGGCUGUGGUGGUGUAAGGGGGGUGGGCUCUCUCUGCGUUUGUAUUCCUAGCCUCUGCUGGGUUUCGACUGCGUGGUUGGGAGCAGGGGCCAGUAUUCCCUGGGGAAGGGAGCUGUCCCUGUUCGUGGCGUCUCGCCCCAGGUUGUGAUUUAGGGCCUCAGGGGUAAGGGUUGUGGUCGCGUCAGUCCUGCUAUUUGUGCGGUGGGGCUGCACCUCGGCCGGGUCCUGCUGUCCCGAUGUUCUGAAUCUAGACCAGCGUUUGUCUCAGUCGUUGUGCGUCCUGGCGGUCCGACUCAACCCCCGAGGCGGUGUUAGUCUGUGAGGUCGGAUCAGGGGGCUAGCGUAAUGGUGAUUCCUGUCUCCUCCCCUUCUUGUCCGGGUUUUCGUACAUGGUUAACGUCAUGGGAGGGUAAGGUUGGGGGGAGGUUGUUGGCUCCCCUAUCGUCCGCCUGCGCCCGCCGGGGCCCUGUGGGGGGGGCGGGCAUGUGGUUGGGUUGAUGGCUUUCGGAGGGCUGGGGAGGGGGGGGGAGCUGGGGGUGUCUGUGAGUGUUCCUAAAGUGUGCACCCCUCUUACCUUGUGGUUCUGGUCAAGGCAACGGUACCGGUAGGUGCUGCGUGGCAGCGGGGUGGUGAGGUCUGUGUGGUUGAAGCCAAAUUCGGGCUGUUCAUGUCCCAGGGGUCCCAGAUUCGGUGGAACGCAUUAAAUCGUGUAUCUGUGUGGUUAGUUCGCCCAAGUCGCGGGCUUCUUUGAUCUUGUUGUUGAUAUUCGAGAUUGUGGGAAUUCAGUGGUCUGCCCAGCGCUCCGCGAUCGCCCUUCGGGUAGCCAACGUUAUCCGGGCCGCUAGCUUGUUUUCGCUCCAGGUAAGGGAAUCCAGUGGUUUGCUGAGUAGCAUCGUCCAUGGGUGCGCAGGGAAGGGUUUCUGGAGAAUUUGUGUUAUGAGGUCGCAACUUUCCGUCCAGAGUGGCUUGAGUUUGGGGCAGUUCCACCAGCAAUUUAAGUAGGAGCCUGUUCCGCCGCACAGUCGCCAGCAGAGGUUGUCAGACUUUUGGCCCAUUUUGUGGAGUCUGAGCGGUGUCAGGUACCAGCGGAAUAACAUUUUGUAUGCUUGCUCUUUGUGGGUAAUGCAGACUGUCAGGGAGUUCGUUGCUUCCCAAAUUUCUGCCCAGUCGCUCGGGUCCUCCGGUGGGCCAAGAUCUCGCUCCUAUGCGGCGAUGUAGGUGAGAUUAACUUGGGAGAUAUGUGUCGUCAGGGAGGCGUAUAAGUCGGAGAUUUGUCCGGGGUGUAGAGGUGCGUUGAAGCACAGUUUCUCGAAUGCUGUCAGGGGUGAGGUCCCUGCCUGUUUGUAUGUGCAGUGUUUUAAGCAUAAACACUGCACAUACUGACUUAUAUCACCAUGACCACUUCAAAUCACUGACGUGGUCAAGGUGUUAGGAGUAACCCCUUAAACAAUAAAAAAAAAAAAUACACAUAUACUGUAAUAUGAAAUAAAUCUGUUAAAAUAUCUUAAAAGUGUAAUUGAACCACUGACAUACGAUAGAGCUAAUAAGCUAUCUUUAACUGCAGCAGCCUUUGGGCCUGUUUCGGCAGCCACUUCCCUCAAUAUAGUAUACAAUAUAAUAUAAAAUAGCUUUAUAAUAUAACCUAAAAUAUACACCUCAAUUAACUCGCUGCAUGUGAAUUAGACCAGUAGAGUCUGUGUGAACUAACCCACUGGCUGUGAACAAAUUGAGCUGUAUAUUAUAAGCUCUAAAUCACAUGAGUGUACUACCUGUAUAUCCAUGUCAUGUUUAUACUACACUGUUAUAUUUUCACCUAGUUUGUUGAGAUAUUCUACAUAUUGAGAAGCAUUUCGUACCACAUUGUAGCAAGUGACUGCCGAAACGAGUCUAAAGGCUGCUGUAGUUGGGUUACAGCUAAUAAGCUACAUCUAUGUGAGUUUUUUCAUAUAACACUAUGUUGUGUGUGACAGGAACACGGUAAAUUGAUACCCAGCAUGGGAUCCAGACCUGUCCUGGUAUGUUGUCCAUCCCUUCUCCACCAGCACCAGAGUCCCCCCCACGAUUCUCCAGGGUAAUGUCUCAUUCUCUACCUGCAGGCUGAUAUUACCUCUGACUGCUUCUUCUUGCAGAAAAGAAUCAAUUCCUCUUAGUGCUCUUGACACAAUCUUUACAAACAUGCUUUUGGCUCACAGGUCCACAGACUGUCGCCAUGCCCCUCCAAAUAACAGAAACCACACUCCCAUUCAGGGGGGCAAAAAUACCCAAAAGACUUUAUUCACCACAAGGAGUAGCCUCCAGCAACACAUCAUUAAACAUACACAGAUCACAAAAAUAGUAAUAGUGAAGGACAUUCUCACAACAAUAAUAAUAGUGAAGGACUUCAAUGGCACUGACCCCACACUCAGAUUGCUGCUUCAUGGGUGAGGAGUAUCUAAUUUAAAAGGCACUUUAUAAAAGUGCAGAUUUUCUGUGAGAGAUUGGCACAUUAUAAUUAAAUUUUUUGCAGUUUGGAGUGUACUUUUAAUCACCAAGGCCUUUUUGGCAUUUUUAAGACACAUAUUCAUUCUACCACAAUGUUACCCUUUCUGUUUAAAUUCACUCAUACCAUAUAUAAUUUUUAAAUGAGAAAUAUGGCUUACUUUUAUUACCCAAUAUGUAUAUUUAAUACAAUAUUAAUAUGAAUAAAAUAUUAAAAAUGGGAAACUAGAUCCCCAGAUUACUUAAAGGGUUACUCCGAACACUUUUUUAUUAAAUAGUUUUAUAAUUUAUUUAGAGUGCCAUAUUGGGCAUUAGUUAUUAGGACCCCCUCUCUUAAAACACUAUAAAAUAAAGUAUAAGAGUCUGAGACAGUCUGCAGGGAGGGCUCAUAUAAAAAAGAGAGGAUAGGGAUAUCAAGCAGGAAUCUUGCAGAUAUGCUCCCAGCUCUGUCUAACAGGGAAGAAGUUGACUAUGUUUGUCACCAACACACUCUGCUCAUUGACAACAGACAUAUUUUUUUAGACCAGAAUUUACAGGCUGGAACAGAGUUCCAGACUGCUUAAGGCUUGUUUGCUGGUGGUGUAACUAACCCCCAGCAUAAAAGUGCAAAUAUCUCUGAAUGUGCAAUGUUUGAAACAGAAACGCUACACUUACAGACUCCAACUACCAUGACCACUUCUAAAAGCAGAAGUGGUCAUGUAGGUUGGAGUAACCCUUUUAAUAAAGUUGUUAUGACACUUUUAAUGUUACUUUGCAAUCAUUGUGGCAGUAAAUCAAUUAGUAAAAAUGCCAGUUGUUGUAGAUGCGCGUGAAUAACUUACAAUUGCAUUUUUUCCCCCUCUUUUCACAGGUGUCAAGUUCUUCUCAUAUUCCACCAGCGUUUUCACUGUCUGCAUAAUGCCCUACAUUAUGCUUCAAUCUGGCAUUGCAGUGGAUAAUUUAGCUUUGAAAAUAGCAUUUUGUAGCAUUGUAGGUUUCUUCACAUUUGUCACACCAGUUACCCUGCAUAUAAUUACGAAGGGCUAUGUGGUGCGGUUAUAUCAUAACCGAGAUAAAGACACUUAUACGGCAGUGACUUAUAAUGCUCUGCUUCGUGAAAAAAGGACAAUAUUCAGUCAAAAGGAUGUUGAGAUCCCAGGAGUAAGCAAAAUGUUCACAACAUUUUACGCCGGAAAGAAAUCAAUGCUUGUGAAUCCAGAUCUUUUUCCAAAUCCUCAGGACUAUAGUCAUCUUAUGGGAUAUGACAAACCUUUUACAUUCAAUCCUGAAGAACUGGAGCAGUCCUCAAAGAAUGAAUAAACAAUUUAUGUUUACAAGUGUGUUCUUUUAUUUAUUUUAAAAAAAGAUUGAUAAUGUGUCUGAGUAUAACUGAUUUUUGCGGUAUGUAAAGGAACACUCCUGGCACCAUAACAUUAUCAAAAAUAACCCCAAAUCUGUGUUCCAGCCCCGGAUCACUGACUACAUGCAUCUUGGUGGGAGUGUGAAGGAAUUGAAAUCUUCUUUCGGGGAGAAGAUGAGGGCUUGCAAAAACUGCAGUCAUAAGUACUGCAUGUAUUGCAUGCAUUUUCUAGAUAUUUCUACAAAGACGACAUGCAGCACAAAAAUGUAUACAUUUUUUUUUUUUUUUUUUUAAAUGGAUGUUCCUUUAAGAUUGCCUUUCUGCUCACCACUAAUAUGCCACCUAUGCAGUUUUUCAUUUUAAAUCUCUCUGAAUAAGAAAAUAUAAAUAAAAUAAGUUGCUUAAUUCAAAA